AUGAGCAAGCGUAUGGUAGUAGAAUGGUCACCUCAUGAUACGUCUCUAUUUGCAGUAGGAGCUGAUAAUUUGCGAUUGUUUGAGGUCACAACAUCUUCCUCUUCUUCUACUGAUUAUAUAGAUCCUACGUCUUGUUCUCCUUCUGAUCUUAUAGCUCCUACAACGCAGCGUAAACGUGCGUUUCGUGUCAUACGCAUUAAUGCAAAAGUAUCACAACUCAAGUGUUUACAGUGGUAUCCAUUUGAAUCCAAGCCAUUGCUAAUUGCUACAGGAACAGGCUCAGGUAAAAUACUAUUAAGUGAUUUUGAAGACCCACGGACACGUGUGAUGCGAGAGUUUCUGCCGAAAUACAGUCGUCCGUGUCAUGCUGUGGCUUGGAAUCCAUCAGUACCUACUCAAUUGGCUGCAGGGUUUGAAAAAGUCCGGAGUGAUUUUUGUACUCUAGUGUGGGAUCUCAAUACGUCAAAUACAAUGACAGGAAUGACGACAAGUAGUAGCAACAUUGGAGGAGAACUUGAAGGGCUCGUGGAUCAAAAUGGAAGCGUAGAACGAUCGAUCAACAAUCGAAAAGGAGGCAACAAUGGAAAUACAAAUACUAGUGUAGGCGUUGGAGCAGGAUCGAAUGGAUUUACAGCUACAGAUUCUAAACCGGUCCAUGAACUGGCCAAUUCGGAAGCGACGAUGGCCCUGUCAUGGGUACCGCUGCAGCCAACGUGUUUAGCUACAGGGACAGGUUUUAAGUGGCUGCGUGUGUACGAUUUACGUGCAAAAGGGUCAUCUCCGAUGAGUGUCGUCGCACACAAUAAGGCAGUGCUGGGUGUAGUAUUUGACCAGCAUCGACCACAUAUGCUUGCUACAUACAGUGAUGCGCCACAAGAACCGGUGAAAGUUUGGGAUGUUCGUCAACUGGAGUCAUCGUCCGGACCAGUGCUUUCGCUGCACCAGACGAGCAAAAAUCUUGUUCAGGUGUCGUGGUGUCCGUCCAAGCCAGGCAUUCUAGUCACGGCGUCCACUGAUGAGAAGUGGGUGUCCUUGUGGGAUGUCACAAAGCAAGAGACUGGAUCAUCAACGAUCAAAAAACCAUUUUGCAGGCGCUAUACGUCCGAACCCCUGACGUCUUUUUCUUGGCAGCAUUUGGACUCAUCGUCUCAAAUGCAACGCGCGAUAAAUGUGGGCAGGAGUAGUAAUGCUCAGAAAGACCAACUUACGCAAGCAGCGUUCCCCAAUCGACUCCUGAUUGCAUCUGUUACAGGUGAGCUGGGAGAUAUUUCGGUGCACGAUGCUAUGCCACUUUCGCUAUCGUCUCAUGGGGCGGUGACGUUUGGAUGUGGCAGACUGUUGUUUGGCGGGUCUGUCAUUGGGUCUGGAUUGGGGACUUCCGCUGUAAGUCGACUAACGCUGGAGGAUGCGAUUGAUUCUGGCUCCCGUCUCGAAGUUGACAUUUCACAUGAAAUGUACAAGCUUGCUAAGCAAGGCUAUUCCAUCGGACUAUCUAAGAAUCUGAAGUUGUUCAAUGAAGCAACAUCACGUCGCCGACAGCUACGAAGUUUGUGGUUGUGGGUCGACCAGGUUGAGGCUCUACGCCAAAUGCGAGCUUUCCGUGUAGAGCAAUCGCGCUCUACAAGUAAUGGUCUUGGGAAUAGUGCAGUCAAUGUUGCAAUGGCUGGUCCUCUGCGCGGGUGGCCCGUUGAUCCAAGUGCGCUUGUAAGUGCUGGUGUGAAGAAUUUGCUGACAGUCUCUGAGGAGCCCUCGACGAUUGCUAGGCUUAGUUCUGCCGGGCCCACUGCCACUGCUCAGGAGGAUUCUAGAGAGGAAGAGUCUGCUGUUGUAUCUGUGAUAAAGACGGAUCAGGUUCUUGGUUGUCAGUACUUUGAAGGGCCUGGACGGCGAUUAAGUUUGCUAGCAUGCAACUGGGAUCCUGACAAUGGUCAAGGAGGGUCCCGCGCGUCGUCAGCAGGUGUGGGUGGACCAGGCCUUGACAACGCUGCAGGAAGAAACAUACAUCGAAGUAGCUCAACUAUCUGGAAUCCUCAAAAGCAUUACGAUGAGAAUGCCCAUUCUGCCAACCGUUCGCUGAAUGAGAGUUGUCGACAUGAAUUACAAGAUAUCCUGAACGAAUGCAUCUUGGAAGGCAAUUACGCUCGAGCGGCGGCCCUCGCAGUGUUUCAUGGAGAUCUGAAUGCAGCUGUGGCGCUACUUCAAAAAGGAGCUACAUUGUUGACUCAGACGCAGCAGUUGGACGUUAGUGUCCCGUUGCCUUAUUCGCCUGACUUGCUGCAACUUAUCGCGAUGUCUCUUGCAGGCUAUUCGUCGUCUAUUGCUAGUGCGGGAGGGUUGUCUUUGUGGUCAACCAUGACACAGCAAUUAUUGAAGCGGAGUGAGAUCAUGUCGCAAGCUAACCCUCGCUACUUUCACGCCAUGCUAUCUUUCUUGUGCGUUGCAAGCUCAUCUUCUUCGUCUAGAUCAACAAAUCUAAACGCCAUACGAGCUAAUCAGCAACCUUUGCUGCGCGCAAAUAGUCGAAGACAGUGGGGAAGCGUUGACGGGAUAGCAGCUUAUGGAGGAGUUAGGCCUGCAGGUGCUGGCGCAUACUCGGCAAUUCUGAACGAUGUUACAUUGCCUCUAAGCGACCGGCUAGCGUUUGCUUGUCGAUAUCUUCAGGCUGACGACUUGCUUGCGUUUGUCGCUCAGCAAGAGGAGGAAAGCCAACAAUAUGGUCGCCUCGAAGGGUUGAUUCUGACUGGAAUUAAUACUGAUGGUAUCAAGCUUCUUCAGACAUACGUAGACAUGACGGGUGACAUCCAAACAUUGGCAUUGCUGGCUGCGCGACUUCCAUCUUCGUACGUGAAAAAAAAAUCUACCCUGGAGAAGUGGAUUCAAAUCUACAAGGACUUGCUGAAUCAUUGGCAGCUGUUCCACGAGCGAGCUCGAUUCGAUGUGGGUCGCUCGCAGCUUGAAGAUCUUUUGAAUGGUUUUGCGAUCUUUUUGCGUGACAGCGAUGCAGAUGAACACCAAGCCAAAAUUUCAGGACCGUCAACGCUUUCCGUCCCGCCACAGUUAUUCGUACGAUGCAAUUUCUGCAAUGCAUCGCUGUCGUUGGCUAGUUUACUACGACUUGGCGGAUCGCACUCGUCUUGGUUGAAUCGUGCCAAGCCUAAACUUACGUGCUGCCCAACAUGCCGAAAACCAUUACCACAGUGUGCGCUAUGCUUGCUCCCGUUUGGAUCACUGAAUCCUUACUUUGAAUUGGCGCACCGCCGUUCACGGCAAACGUCUGAUGCAGUGAACACGUUAGUGACCAGUGUAGGAGCCGAUCAUAGAGGUGUGCUGAAGGAGCCCAAAACAGGCAAAAAUGAGUACGAAAAUCUCGGUCAGCUCUCUAGCAUUCCGUUUGUGGAGUGGUUCACUUGGUGUCAAUCGUGCAAGCACGGUGGUCAUGCCCACCACCUUGCAGACUGGUUUAAAACGCACACAGUGUGCCCUGUUACAGACUGUAACUGUUAUUGCCAGCACUUGGACUUGCCAAUCGUGGGUGACGACAAUCAAAAAGCGCUUAUUGAGCAACAGCGAGCUAGCGCUGCGGCGUUGGCUGACCAACGUGCAGCUCUAAAGGGGAAGACAAAGCAGCAGCAAUAUCACCAACCAAAACCGCAGAAUGCCAAAGCACCGAUGCGUGCUGGGAAGAAGCAGCAACAACUGGGAUCACAAAGCUCACAGCACAGUUUCUCGGCAUCUUCUACCAUUGGCACGAGCUCAACGUAUCGUUCAUACUCUUCCGCUCAAUUGAGACCAAGUGGCUCUAGCAGUGGCUAUCCACCACCCUUUUCGUUAUCAGGGAGCAACUCCAUGGCAAAUCUCUCCAGUGGGAUCAACGCUGCUGGUGCUGGCAGCAAUGUUGGCAGCGGUUCACUAAUCGACGGGGUUUCUCUCGGCAACAAACUCGAUCAAUUGGAAAAGGACAAAAGCAGCUAUCAGUUCAUGUGA